AGCAACGUUUCGUCUAUUCCAAAUUCAUCUCGUCUUCCACACUCUCUUCAUCCUUUUUCCGGCAUAAAACUCUCGCUCUCUUUUAUCCAUCUUUUCUUCUUAAAUCUUCUUGUUCCUGACUUCCUCCUCUUCACUCAAACCCACAAAAAAAAAAAAGAAAAAAGAAGAAGGCUAAAGGCAAAAGGUAUAUUACAUAUUUAUGCUUCUAAUUACUCCACGUUUUCACAUUGCUCUCUUGUUUCUUCUUCUUCUUUUUUUUUUUUUUUUGUACAUCACACACAUAUAUUCAUAUUUAUGCUUGUAAUUACUUUCUAUGGUUUUUUCGUUGUGAUAUUUCAUUUGGAGGAUAAUAACUUUUAAUAAUUAUUUCAAUCUCAUAGGGAACUUGUUCUGCGCAAUGGAAGUACUGUCUAAGGUAGGAGAUGCGAUGUUAUCUGCUGCUUUCCAGUGGCUGUUCCACAAGUUAGACGAAAGUAUUAAAUCCCACAACUUACAAGAACGGGUCCUUGAUGAGCUGCAAGGGUGGAAAUUGUUUGAUCCACAAAUCCGUGCUCUACUCAAAGAUGCUGAAGAGAAGCAGAUGACUGACAGCUCCGUGAAGAUAUGGCUUGAUGAUCUCAAGGACUUGGCUUAUGAUAUGGGGGACAUUCUUGAUGGAUUCCAGGCUGAUAUGCAGAGAAGGACCUUGACAAGGAAACCUUACCAAGCCAGCACAAGCAAAGUCACCCUUAAAUGCCUUCCUUGUUUCAAGCACAAUGAUUCAGCAUUUGACUCUGUCACCGUUUCUAAAGUGAGGGUGAUUGCUAAGAGAUUGAAAAGCAUGGUAGAUCGCUCGAGGACCCUUAGCCUAGUGAGUUGCACAAUACAAGCGAGAGAAGGGCCUGCCGGAGCAGCUGCAAGAAGGGUACCCACCACUCCUCAACUUGAAUCUGAUGUUUAUGGUCGAGAAAAUGAUAAAGAGGCUAUUCUUCAAAAGUUGCUCAAUGGUGAGGGCAGUUCUAGAGGUGAGGUAUUUUGCGUUCUUCCCAUUGUUGGAAUGGGAGGUGUUGGCAAGACCACCCUAGCUCGAUUGGUUUACAAGGAGGUGGAGCAAGGACGAUUUAAUCCCCAAGCCUGGGUUUGUGUCUCUGAUCAAUUUGAUGUUAUGAGCAUCACAAGAAACAUCCUAGAGGAAUUAACAAAGGGAAGGUGUGAUUUGAACAAUUUGAACAAUUUGAAUUCGCUUCAAGAAAAGUUGAAAGGAGAGUUAUCUGGCAAGAAAUUUUUACUUGUGCUAGACGACGUUUGGAAUGAGGAGUGCAAUCUAUGGGAUAACUUAAAAGUCCCUUUCAAAUCAGGAGCACCAGGAAGCAAAAUCAUAGUGACAACUCGUAACAUGCGUGUUGCAGAAAUCAUGGGUGGGAAGAAUAGUGUUCACUACCUAAAAGUGCUAGAGGAUGAUGAGUGCUUGUCAAUAUUAGCUCGAGAUGCACUGGGAGUAGAGAACUUUGAUGCACACCCAAAUUUGAAAAAUGUUGGUCAGGAGAUGGUUAAAAAGUGCAAAGGGCUUCCCUUGGUUGCAAAAAUUCUCGGGGGCCUCUUACGUGAUAGAGAAGACCUUGGUGGUUGGAAAUACAUAUUAAACAGUAAGAUAUGGAAUCUUCAAGGAAUCCAAAGCAGCACUCUUCCAGCUGGUUUGAUGUUGAGCUACCAUCAUCUUCCUUCUCAUUUGAAGCAAUGUUUUGCCUAUUGUGCAAUGUUUCCUAAGGAUCACCAAUUUAACAAAGAUGAGUUAAUCUUCUUGUGGAUGGCAGAUGGGCUUUUGAAACAACAAUCAGGAGAUAAAAAUCAAAUGGAAGAUAUUGGUCAUCAAUACUUCUCUGAGUUACUUUCAAGAGCUUUCUUUCAACACUCAAGCAAUGAUGCAUCGAGGUACGUAAUGCAUGACCUCAUACAUGAUGUAGCUCAAUAUGUUGCUGGAGAAACAUGUUGCAAUCUUGAAAAUAUGUUGGACACAAAGAAAGAAGUAAAUGCUGAAAAGGUCCGCCAUUUGUCGUUUUAUUGUAAAUGGCUAGAUAUCUCUGAGAGAUUUGAAGUUUUGAAUAAAAUGAAGGGUUUGAAAUCAUUCAUUUCUAUUUAUUCAUCAGCAUUAGCAGGAUUACAUGGAAAUAAUCUAUCAAAUACAGUGGUGCAUGGUUGGUUAGUGAAGUUAACAUGCUUGAGGGCAUUGUCUCUUCGAAGUUAUAACAUAAGAAAGCUCCCGGAUUCAAUUGGAGAGUGGAAGUGUUUGCGAUACCUUAAUAUGUCUGAAACUGCCAUAGAAACCUUACCUGAAUCCAUAGGUUUCCUUCUGUCAUUACAGACAUUGUUGUUACAGAAUUGUUAUAAGUUCUCCAAAUUUCCUGCAACAAUUGGGAACUUGAAUGACCUUCAUUAUCUUGAUAUUACCAAUACGCCAUCUUUGAAAGAUAUGCCGCGUGAAAUAGCUAAUCUCAAAAAUCUUUUGAUAUUGCCCAAAUUCAUAGUAGGCAAAACAAAUGGGCUGAGAUUAAGUGAUGUGAAGAACUUGUUACAUCUUCGAGGGUAUCUAUCUGUUCUUGAUCUACAAAAUGUUUUUGACAAUUUAGAUGCUAGACAGUCCAGCUUACACAUGAUUGAAGCUCUAGAUGAGUUGGUGUUAAAAUGGACUUCUGAUUUUAAUGACUCAAGAAAGGGAAGUGAUAUUGAAGCGGAAGUGCUCAGCUCCUUAAGACCUCAUCAAAAUUUGAAAAAGUUAACAAUUAGUUGCUAUGGUGUUGGGCAAUUACCUGCACUCACAGAGUUGAUUAUUGAAGGCAUGGACGCAAUUGAAACUGUUGAAUCUGAGUUUUAUGGGCGUGGCACUUUUACAUCACUGCAGAAGCUUAAGUUUCAUGACAUGUUAAACUGGGAGAAAUGGGCUUUUCUGACUACCACUGGAGUAGAAUUCUCAUGUUUGAAGGACCUUGAGAUUGCAAAUUGUCCUAAGCUGACAGGAAAAUUACCCAGCCACCUUUCUUCUCUCAUUAAUCUUGUGAUAAAGGGAUGCCCAGAGUUAAUAUGUCCAUCUUUAAGUCUUCCGUCUCUUGAAAAAAUACGCAUUGAAGAUAUCUUGGGGCUUGGUUGCUUGCCCAAGAGUUUUACAGAUUCCUUGACUGCAUUAGAGAAUAUAAAGAUUGAAAGGUGCCAGGAGCUUACCUAUUUGUGGGAGGAAGGAGCAGAUACAUCAAAGCUUGCUCAUCUUAAACAUAUGAGUAUUGUGAAUUGCCCUUUGCUUGUGUCAAUGUCACGGGAAGAACAAGGCCUCGUGCCUCACAAUGUUAAAUAUCUUUCUCUGUAUAAUUGUGGGGUUUUGAAGCGUUUACCUGAUCGUAUGAUGAUGAGGGUAGAUGGAAGCAACAACAUGGUGAGACUUGAAGAGUUGAGAAUUGAGGAUUGUCCUUGUCUAGAGCGUUUUCCAAGAGGGAAGUUACCCGCCUCGUGUCGACUGUUAAAGAUAAAAGAUUGUGCCAAAGUAGAGUCUUUACCGGAGGGGAUAUUGGUGCAAGAAGAUGGUGACACCAGCAACAAUAUUGAAAAUUUGGAAGUCAGAGGACUACCAUCUUUAAAUUUUAUUCCUAGUAACGAUCGAUUGCCAACUGCUCUUAAGAAAAUUGGAAUUAGAAAGUGCCCCAGGUUGGAAUCAAUUUCAGAGAGGAUGCUGCAACAUUGUUCAAGACUUAAACACUUGGACAUUCGGAGUUGUGUAAAUUUGAAAAGCUUAUCCUUCAACAGCAUCAACAAUCUCACUCGUUUAAACAUUGAAGGAUGUGAUGCUUUAGAGUCCUUCCAGGAGAUGCCGCAGUUGAGCUUAUCCAUCCCCAAUAUUGAAAUGUUUACAAUAUUUAAUUGUCAGAAUCUCAAGUCCCUGCCAAAUAAGAUGGACAACCUCACAUCACUUCAAAUCUUGCAUAUAAUGGGGUGUCCAGGCAUCAAGUCAAUUCCUGAAGGGGGUUUGUCCCCAAGCCUAACUGAACUUUCAAUUGACUGUGAGAAUCUAAGGCAGCCUAUGCGAGAAUGGGGCCUCCACACCCUCACUUCUCUUGAUUCCUUCUCCAUUGCUCAUAUAUGUCCUCCAAAUAAUGUGCUUCCUUCUUCUUUAACUUUUCUUUGGAUAAAAGACAUUCAGAAUCUGAGAUCCAUGCCCAGAGGCCUCCUCUUAAACCUUAACUCUCUUAGACGGUUACGGAUUUGGAGGUGCCCAAAACUACGAUCCUUGCCAAGGGAAGGCCUGCCUCCAUUGCUGGGACAACUAAAUAUCUAUGGCUGUCCGCGUCUAAAAAGAGAGCGUUUUCAGGAGAAAGGAGAGUAUUGGCCCCUCAUAGCCCACAUUCCCCUAGUUGAGAUAUAUGACAUCAUGAGAGUGCAACUGUUUGAUAGGACAUCCCAGUAUCUUCUAUUUGCAGCAGCUCUGUAUGGACUUCAUAGCUUUCAAGGUCCUGGCACUAAAGCUGAUUCCAAAGUGUUCACAGUAGCUGAGGGUGUAUUUCAAAGUCAAACCAAUAGAGGCAAACAAACCUCAAACCACCUCAACAGCAACUCCCUACUCCACCACCUCCCCCUCAUCCACCUUCCACCACAAGGGUUGCCUAUGCCCCCUGGUGGCACUCCAUCGCCUCCAACCCGCCGCACAAUGGAAAAUUUGGCUGCUAGGCUUGCAGCAAUUCCUCCUCAAGGUUUUCCAGGUCAACAGAUGCCACCCCCUCCACCUCCCAACAUGGAGCGGAAGGUAUCCAGCCAUCCAUUUCCGUCCUUUGCUAGGCAUCCAUCCAUGAAGCAUCAUGAAAGGUGUCAAACUCCAGGAGCAAAGCAUGAUAUGCAACACGAACCAGCAACCAUGGUGAAGGCGUACCUUAGGUACGAGCCAGCAGCUGCUUUUGGCGUGAUCGUCUCCGUCGAUUCCAAUAUCACAUAUGAUAGCUCGGGGAAGCACCUACUAGCUCCGGCGCUCGAGAAGCUCGGCGUCUGGCACGUCCGGCAAGGAGUCUGCGUCAAAACCCUAACCCCUUCUCCGUUCUCGCGUGGCCCCUCUCUUGCUGUUACCUCCGUCGCCUCCUCCCCCUCUUCUCUGGUAGCAAGUGGGUAUGCUGAUGGUAGUAUAAGAGUUUGGGACUGUGACAAAGGAACCUGUGAGAUUACAUUCAAUAAUGGACAUAAAGGGGCCGUUACUGCACUCCGAUAUGAUAAGGCUGGAUCUUUGCUUGCAUCUGGAAGCAAGGAUAAUGAUGUUAUAUUGUGGGAUGUGGUUGGCGAGAGGGGUCUUUUCCGCCUUCGUGGGCAUCGUGACCAGGUCACAGACCUUGUGUUUUUGGACUCUGGUAAAAAGCUUGUUAGUUCCUCCAAAGACAAGUUUUUGAGAGUGUGGGAUCUUGAAACUCAGCACUGCAUGCAAAUAGUCAGUGGUCACCAUAGUGAAAUUUGGUCCAUAGACAUUGAUCCAGAGGAAAGAUACCUGGUCACUGGUUCUUCUGAUCUGGAACUUAGAUUUUAUAAUGUUAAAGGUGAGUCGGUGGAUGAGCAAUCCGCAACUGAUGUGAAUGUAACUGGAAGUAUGGAUGAUGGAGAUUUAACCUCUCAAAAUAAGUGGGAAGUUUUAAAGCACUUGGGUGAGAUUCAGCGACAAAGCAAAGAUAGAGUGGCAACUGUGAGGUUCAACAAACAAGGAACUUUGCUUGCUUGUCAAGUGGCAGGGAAAACAGUUGAAAUCUUCCGUGUACUGGAUGAAGCAGAAGCCAAGCGCAAAGCAAAACGUAGGCUUCAUCGUAAGAAAGAAAAGAAAUCUACAAAAGGGACAGAUGAAGUAAUUGAAAAUGGAGAAGCAAAUCAUGGAAUCGAAGAAGCUGGAAACCCUCUUGUUGUUACAGUACCAGAUGUUUUUAAGCUUCUCCAAACCCUUCGAGCCAGCAAAAAGAUCUGUUCCAUUUCUUUCUGUCCAAACACUACGAAGAACUCACUGGUUACUUUAGCAUUGUCUUUGAACAAUAAUUUAUUGGAGUUUUAUUCUAUUGAAAGUGGUGCAAAUACAAGAACACUUGCUAUUGAGAUUCAGGGACACCGCUCUGAUGUUAGAAGUGUCACACUGAGUUCGGACAACACACUUUUGAUGUCAACUAGUCACAAUGCCGUGAAGAUUUGGAACCCAAGUACUGGUUCUUGCCUUAGAACUAUUGAGUCUGGCUAUGGAUUGUGUGGUUUAAUUGUUCCUUAUAACAAGUAUGCUCUGGUUGGGACUAAAGAUGGAAAGAUCGAAAUUGUUGACAUUGGAAGUGGCUCUGGCAUUGAGGUUGUUGAAGCACAUGGUGGCUCUGUAAGGUCAAUUGCUGCAAUUCCAAAUGAAAAUGGUUUUGUCACUGGAAGUGCAGAUCAUGAUGUUAAGUUCUGGGAGUACCAAAUCAAACUGAAACCUGGUCAAGAUUCUAAAUGCCUUACUGUGUCAAAUGUAAGGACUAUGAAGAUGAAUGAUGAUGUUCUAGUUGUUGCUGUUAGUCCGGAUGCUAAAUAUAUUGCAGUUGCAUUGUUGGAUUGCACAGUGAAGGUUUUCUUUAUGGAUUCGCUCAAAUUUUUCCAUUCUUUAUAUGGUCACAAGCUGCCCGUGCUAUGUAUGGAUAUUUCAUCAGAUGGAGAACUGCUUGUUACCGGAUCUGCAGACAAAAAUUUGAGAAUAUGGGGUUUGGAUUUUGGCGACUGCCAUAAGUCCAUCUUUGCUCAUGGUGACAGUGUUAUGGCAGUGCAAUUUGUGCGCAAUACUCAUUACAUGUUUAGCGUUGGGAAAGAUCGCCUUCUAAAAUACUGGGAUGCUGAUAAGUUUGAGUUGCUUUUAACUUUGGAGGGACAUCAUGCAGAUGUUUGGUGUCUUGCCAUCAGUAAUCGUGCUGAUUUUGUUGUCACAGGAUCUCAUGACAGGUCCAUACGUCGUUGGGAUCGUACUGAAGAACCAUUUUUCAUUGAGGAAGAAAAGGAGAAAAGAUUGGAAGAAAUGUUUGAGGCUGACCUUGACAAUGCAUUUGAAAAUAGGCAUGCACCUAAGGAAGAAAUCCCAGAAGAGGGAGCUGUAGCCUUAGCAGGGAAGAAAACUCAGGAAACUCUGACAGCAACUGAUUCAAUUAUUGAUGCACUAGAUAUUGCAGAAGCAGAACUAAAACGAAUUGCUGAACAUGAGGAGGAGAAAACUAGAGGGAAAGUGGUUGAAUUCCAACCAAAUAUUUUCAUGCUUGGGCUCUCACCAUCUGACCAUGUCCUCCGUGCAAUUUCAAAUGUUAGCACCAAUGACCUUGAGCAGACGUUAGUGGCUUUACCAUUCUCUGAUACUUUAAAGCUGCUGUCUUACUUGAAGGAUUGGACUUCAAAACCGGAUAAGGUUGAGCUGGUUUGCAGGGUUGCUGUGGUUCUGUUGCAAACUCAUCAUAAUCAAUUGGUUACUACCCCAGCUGCCAGACCAGUAUUGACUGUUCUCAAAGAGAUUCUUCAUGCAAGAAUCAAGGAAUGCAAGGAUACUCUAGGUAUCAAUCUUGCAGCCGUGGAUCAUAUGAAGCAAUUGAUGGCUUCAAGGUCAGAUGCGCUCUUCCAAAAUGCGAAGGCAAAGUUGCUAGAAAUCCGUUCACAGCAGUCUAAACGCCUAGAAGCAAGGACAGAGACAAAAACAGAGAAACGGAAGAAGAAAAGGCAGAAGAAAUCUAAUGAUAUGCACGUCUGGACAUCAGCUGGGAGAUAAGACAAUUCUCAGAACUAAAGAGAACUUUUAAAGUGUGUUUCCAGAUUGUAACAUCACUCAUGAAAUUCGUCACUCCUAUGCAACUCCGGUUUUCUCCUUUCCUGGUUGUCUAAAAGGAGCAUGCAUUCAAAAGAAUUCAACUGCUAGCCAUUGACAAGUAGGAAGAGCCAAUGUGGAACAUGCCAUUCGGAGUCACCGCUCAAAUCCAUCAGGUUGUGCUUCUUCUCUUUCCCAUGGAGCAGGCAUUAAGUUCUACGUGCUGCUGUUUUUGUUUCUGAGUUCCAUCUUGCCAUAAUUCUUGCUGCAGGAUAUGUAAAUGAUCAUUUAAGUGAGUGAAAUUUUGAGUUUCGUGCAUCUGUUUGUACUCUUACCAUUAUAUGUCUGAUCGGCAAAGCAAUUUCAUACAAAUAUUCAUUUCACUUAGUGCUUCUUACAUAUAAUAAAACACUGUAUUUUUC